CUUUAAUCCUCAGCCAACACUGCACCACCACUCCCACCACACCGAUAAACGAGCUGAUGCAACACCACCAAUGACUUCCACCGAACAACAACCCUCACCAACAUCAACAACAAUCAUGCCCGCCUCACCCUCCCGAACAGCAACUCUCCUCGCGAACCUCUCAUCCGUAACCUCGCGCGUCGGUACCGCCGCCCUGAACGCCAACCGCCCCACCACAAAACCCAUCCGCCUCAUCGCCGUCUCAAAACUGAAGCCCGCAGCCGAUAUCCUCGCCCUCCACAACCCGCCCACAAACCACCUCCACUUCGGCGAAAACUACCUCCAGGAACUCCUCGAGAAAUCCAAGCUCCUCCCGCCCAGUAUCCGAUGGCACUUCAUCGGCGGACUGCAGUCGAACAAGUGCGUCACGCUCGCGCGGGACGUCCGCGGGCUCUGGGCGGUCGAGUCCCGGUCUGAGGAAGUCCAUGGCGUUGCCCACGAGGACCGGCUGCGUGUGUUUGUGCAGGUGAACACCUCCGGCGAGGAGAACAAGGCCGGGGUGGACCCGUUGACUGGUGCGGUGCCGCUUGCGCGGUUCAUCCGGGAGAAGUGUCCGCGGUUGAAGCUGCAGGGGUGAUGACUAUUGGGGCGAUUGCGCGGUCCAAGGCUACAACGCCGGAGACGGAGAAUGAGGAUUUUGUGUGUUUGCGGGAGACGCGGGAUCGCAUCGUGAGGGAGCUGGGGUUGCAGGGUGAUGAUGCCGAGCUGGAGCUGAGUAUGGGUAUGAGUGAGGACUUUGAGGGCGCAAUCAAGCUGGGGAGUGAUGAGGUGCGUGUUGGGACGACGAUUUUUGGGGAGCGGCCGCCCAAGUCCGAGGCAAAGGUGGUGUAGAUGAUGUGGGGAGGAGAGUGAUGAUUUAUGACAUUUGCAUUACUACGGGCGUUGCAUCCGAUGAGGAGGACUUGUCUACCGGCCAGCCCUGCCUCCAUGGCCGGUGGGGAAAUUGCACAUAUAACUAGGAUGUGGUACGGCUUGAUCACUGCUCAAAGCCACGGGGAUAUAUGUACCUUGCUAGCAUCAAUAAUUACAUCAAAAGGUAAUCUCGCCUUUGGAGAGAACUCU